AUGGCAGGAACGUUAAAUUUAAAUGAACUAAAAGACGAACCCAUUUUAUUUUACGAAAAUGCACUAAGUUAUGUUUUCUCUAAUUCAAGGGAUGACAACAAAAAAGAUAUCCCUGCGUGUGUAAUUUACCCAAAUGAGACAAUCAAAAUUGGCUUCCCCAUAUGUUCUAUAAAAAAUAUUAACAAGAAUGAAAACAUAAUAAACGAUACAGAUGUGCAAACGAACAGGUUCAAUGAAGAACCCCUGAUUACAUAUGCAUCAGAGUCUAAACAUAUUUAUCCAGUCCGAGUCAAAGUUUACUACAGCGUUCUUUAUAUGUUAAUAAUUGCUGAACUUUUUCUAAUAAUCUUUUUUAAAGACAACAUAAACCGCGUCACCACCGGAGAAAUAAACGGAGGACAGAUUUUCGUAUUUCUCUUCAUGGCCCUCUCACACAUACUUGUUGUAUUAUCCAAGUUUCGAAAAAUCAAGCCUUACGUAUUUGACAUGUACACCUCUCUGAGUUUAUUUUUUUUUAUACUGUCCAUCUUAACCAUAAAUUGUUUUAGUAGCUCUUUGAUUUGCCUAUUGCAGUUUUUCAUUUUUUUCCUGCAUGCCAAGCUUGAUUAUUACGUGAUGCCCCACUCGUGCGUCAUUCCCCCCUGA